CAUAAUUUGGGAAUCUAAACUUUGAUAUAAGUAGGGUUUAUCGGUUUGCAGCUAAGCGAGAAAGGAAGCUUUUUGGCAUGUCUAGGGUUUUGAUAUUUUGAAUAUUAAGAGAUGGAAAACCUAAAGCGUUUACAUCGCGACAUACUACGAGAGUUACCGGAUAUGUUAAUAUUCGACAUAUUUUGGAGGUUGCCAAUGACAGAUGUGGUUAGGACAUCUCUUCUAUCCAAAGGCUGGAGGAACUUUUGGACCACUUCCCCCUUUCUCAAUUUCGAUAAUCGUGCUAUGUUGUUUGGUGAUGAUAGUAAGCUUCAGAAUUUUGUUAAUCGGGCUUUGUCAUGCUGGAAUGGGAAUAGGGUAUUGAAGUUCAGGUUUCAUUCGCGUCAUAAGCUUGCAAGUUCAAUGUUUAGCGAUGUUGAUUUGUGGGUGAAUUUUGCCGUAAGAAAUGGAGUGGAAGAAUUUCAUUUACAUGUGUGGUGCAAUUCUGUAACAGGUUGGCGUGGUUUUGACGGUAAGGAAGUUUACCGUGUGCCACUGUGCCUCUACUCAUGCUCAUCCCUAAAAGAGUUAUCACUCCAAUCUUGUAACUUAGAGAUUGAUGGGAAUGUGCAGUGGAAUAAACUUGAGAGUUUAACGAUUAAGGCUUUUAGGGUCACUGCAAAUCUGAUUAACCAAAUAUUGUCUGCUACUCCUCAUUUGAAAGUCUUUGACUUGACUUACGUUGACAAAGGUGGAAACUUGAGUAUCCAAUCUACUAGUUUGAAGGAGCUGUCUAUUUUCAAGUACUUUUUGGCCGCGGCUGAUUUAUUUGUGGUUUCGGAGCUGAGAAUCUGUACCCCGAAUCUUGAAACAUUAGAAAUUAGUGGAUUUCCAUAUAAGAAGUAUUUGCUGAUGGAUGUCUCAUCUUUGACACGUGCAUUUCUUGAUUCAGUGCCAUCAGACCAUUUUUUUCAGUUUGGGUUGUCUAAUGCAUUGAGUCAAAUUCUUCCAAGCAUUCAACAUGUGGAAUACGUUGCAUUAUCAGACUGUUGCACCAAGGAGAUUGGAGCUAUGAAAACGAAAUGUGCGCACUCAGCUUUUCUGAAUGUCAAAUCCUUGAAACUUAGAUGUUGUUUAUAUGACUACAAACAAGUAAUAGGUGCUCUAGAGAUGUUCCCUCAGUUGAAUAGAUUAGUCAUUGAAGACGAGAAAGGAAACAGCCACCAAGAUGACACUGAGUCACUCAAGUUUGAGGCAAAUCUCCCCGAGUCUUUUCUUCUUCGGUUAAGGACAGUUGAGGUUACUUGGUCUGAGGGUUACGGCGUAUUUCCAUUGAUUGAGAUUCUGUUAAAAUAUGCGAGCAAGCUAGAAAAGAUUGUUUUCCAAUUAAAUGAAAUCAAGUCUCCUGCAACAUCAGAUUCCUUGUUUUAUGUGUCAGAGAAACUGCUCAGGAUGCGAAGAUCUUCUUCGUCUAACUGCAAGAUUGUUCUCACCAAGUUACGCCCUUCAAGUCAUUGGAACAACUCAGGUAACUAAAUGAUAGUCUUGUUUGACAGGUAAUUACUAGCUAUUGUCGUACAUUUCUUUCAAAUAUCAAUGGCUUGUCCCGGGAGGGAAGCUAGGUUUCCCUCUCUCGUGUUCGACUUGCUGUGCUGUGUCAACUAUGGUUUCGUUUUUGGAUUGUAUAUUUGCUUAUUCAGUGCAGUACAGAGCAAUUUUACA